AUGGACGAGAGGACUCCUCUGGUAUCUGCUGUCCCGGAUACUCGUGUAGGGCCUUCUGCCACCCGACCGGCCAUCGAGAAGGCAAUUACAAGCGAUGGUGAAUCUCAGGCUACUGUGAAUUGUCAAGUAUGCCGGCAAGUUAUAACGUUUUCCCCUCGUGAGAGGCAAAUGGUUGUUCGAUGUCCUCACUGCUCUGAAGCUACGCCCAUCAAAGGUCCACCUACAGGGAAGCAAUAUGUAAGAUGUCCGUGUAACUGUCUACUGGUGUGCAAUGAGUCCACAAGCAAGGUUGGGUGUCCUCGUCCAGAAUGUCAAAAAGUCAUCGUUCUUCGUGAGGAGGAUGGUAGUGGUAAUCGAGGUUUACAUGUCCAAGGUACACAUGGAACAUUUGGUAUCCCACCAAGUCUGCGUUUAACUUGUGGAAGUUGCAAUUUCCCAUUUUCUAUACCAUCCCCUGAAACCUUGCCUGGUCGUACAAAUGCAGUAAUUGCAAUCUUGUCUGGUAGAAAUGCAUCUGAGGCAGCCGGUCUGAUAAAAGCAAAAUGUCCACAUUGUCACAAAGUCACGUCUGUCGGCCCAGCCUACGCUCGUUCACGUUGGGUCACCUUUACUAUUUUCACUGUAAUCGCCUUGAUUAUAGCAAUCAGCGUAACUGCCGGGACCGCCGAAGCAGCAAAAUCAAAUAGUGCAUUAUAUUUCCUUUGGUCGGUUCUCUAUCUGAUCGCUCUAGCUCUGUUUGUAAGAGCCGUGGUGUAUAUGAUCAUGCCGGUCAGUUCAGUAGAAGUGCCUACUUUACAAAUUUAA